AUGACCAUCACAAUCACGGUUGAAAAAGAUGGCUACUAUGAAGUCAACGGGACACGACAAGAGCCUACUGUCUCUCUUUUCGUCAUUCCAGCUGCUUCUAAGCUUCGUCGAAUGCUGAAAGAUACACAAGAACUGAUCGUGUGCCCUGGAGUAUAUGACGGUCUCUCGGCUCGAGUUGCUAUGGAACUUGGCUUCAAAGCCAUGUACAUGACAGGUGCUGGAACUACGGCUUCGCGACUCGGAAUGGCAGAUCUUGGCUUAGCCCAACUUCAUGAUAUGAAGGUUAACGCUGAGAUGAUUGCCAACCUUGACCCCUUUGGCCCACCUCUUAUUGCGGACAUGGAUACGGGUUAUGGAGGGCCACUAAUGGUCUCUAAAUCGGUCCAACAAUACAUUCAGGCUGGCGUGGCUGGUUUCCAUAUCGAAGACCAGAUUCAAAACAAACGAUGCGGUCAUUUGGCAGGCAAGAAGGUGGUAAGCCAGGAGGAGUAUAUAACCCGUAUCCGGGCUGCCAAAUUGACGAAGGAACGAUUGCAUUCAAAUAUCGUCCUUAUUGCAAGGACAGACGCUCUACAGCAACAUGGCUACGAUGAGUGUAUCGCGCGCCUGAAGGCUGCACGGGAUAUCGGAGCUGACGUAGGCCUCCUGGAAGGAUUUACCUCAAAAGAGCAAGCUCGCCAGGCAGUUCAAGAUUUGGCUCCAUGGCCUCUGCUUCUGAAUAUGGUAGAGCAUGGUGCCACUCCAGUGAUAACCACCAAAGAAGCAGAGGAAAUGGGGUUCCGCAUUAUGAUAUUUUCUUUCGCGUCGAUAACCCCGGCAUACCUGGGGAUUCGAUCAGCCUUACAGCGACUCAAGACUGACGGGGUCGUUGGGAUUCCCGAAGGCCUCGGUCCACGUAAGCUAUUCGAGGUGUGUGGACUUAUGGAUUCUAUGAAGGUGGAUACAGAGGCAGGGGGUGAUGGUUUUGCAGACGGUGUUUGA